UCUGGGAUGGCAACGCAAGAACCCAGGACUGGGAGACAGUCUGGCCUAAGUAAACAACAGACCGUCCUACCAGGCACGGGGACUAGGAGCCCUGAUGUUGUAUCUGCCACAGGCAUCACUACAGAUGUUGGAGAGGCAGACAAGAGUCGAAUACGGGGAGAGUUAGAUUCCUGUUUUAGUGAGGCUAAGAACAUGGAGGAAUUGUCAGAUCUGGCGCCCUCUGACGCCCAGGUGGAAGCAUUUAAAGUUGUCUAUGAACGUGAGAAGAUGGCAAUGCUUGGUGGUCAACCAUCUAUCCUUGCGACACUCAAUGCCGGGAAGACAAGCUCACAGUUCUCAAAUCUGAGUGAUGAAGAUGAACACGGCUUCCACAAAUUUCUCUCUGUAAUGACAGACAGCGAAAAAUUGUCUCAACUAAUGGGCGAUCCGGACUCUGAGACAGAAACAGAGUUUGUGAGGAAUUUCAACAGCAUUCUGAAUCCAGAGGAUGGGUGCAACAGUCCUCACAGAGAGGAGAUCAUGGGAUUCUAUCGGAGAUCAAACAUUUCUGAACUUUUUGAUGUCUUCCAAACCGAGGAGAAAGACUGCAACGUGCUCAAGUACUAUGCCAAAGGAGCAAACCUGUCAGGACUACACUCCAAACAGCUGGCCAAGUACAUGAUACCAGCAGGUUAUGAAGACAGGAACAGCCCUUAUUCUAUACGCCCGUCCCUAAAGGCCAACUACACACCACACAAGUCGACCAACCCAGACCACCAGCAGGACAAGCAGCCCCUACCCCACGGCCGCAGGGCAACAACAAGCGGCAGCAUAUUCGGCGGAAGAGCAAGCAUGGGCCACAGAAUGACCAUAUGCGUCAAGAUUGAUGAGGAAGAUGAGAUUGAUUUGGUGAAGAAGCCUGUCAGAAAGGUAUGCUGCCCACUGAGCGGCGAGCGAGAAGGGGCAGAGGUGAGGCAGAAGACCACACCAGUGAAGAUCAAGGUGCCCCUCACGGUGAAGAACAGGGAGAAGCUGACCUAUGACGACACUAGCCAGAUAAGGAAGAAGGCUCAGCAAGGGGUGAGCGAGUACCUGCGCACCCAGGUGCGCGCCAAGAGGCAGGACACGCUGCGCAUGUGGGUGGCCCUGCAGGGCUCCUACUCCACGCUGGCCAACUACAACACCUACCCGGAGACCUUCUCCACCUACAGCUGGAGCUGGGGCGCCCGCCGGAACCUGGUGGAGAUCAACGAGCUGACGCACGGCCCCGCCGCCGCUGCCGCCGCCGCCGCCCGCAUGGCCGACAAACCCCACUUCACCAAGCCGAAGCUGAUGAGGAGCUUGAGACAGUCUUUCUAAUGUUGGGGAAACCAUAAAGUAAAACAUGUGUAUUCCA